GCUGCGUUGCGUCAGGGCGGACUGCGUUGCGUACAGGCGUGCUGCGUGUUUAUAUGCACGUUUACGUGUAUUGUAAGCCACGCACAAAAGGGGCGUGUUUAACCACAGCGGGCUCAUGUCUCCUGUCAGAGUUCCUGAGUCCCUGGGCGACAGAGCGUAGGAGGCUGUAUUCCCGGUACCCGUGACGGAGGACUGUCCAGCCUGGUGGCCACAGCUGGGUUGGCCCAGCGUGCCGAUGCAGAAGCUGACACAGGUGGAAGAGCAGUUGUUCCUCAGGCCGCAAAGCAGGUUCCCCUUUAUAUUAGGACAGUAGUCAUAGGACGAGGGUCCACCCCAAUGAGCGCAGUGCAGCUUGAUUACCUCUGGAAGGACCUUUUCAUUCUGGAUGGGAGGAUGGAAGCAAACCAGAGUGGGGGGACUCAUGGAUGGAGUAGAGAGUCCACGCCCCAUGAUGGUGACGAUGACGUGAUGGGUAGCCACCAGGUGUGACUGUCCUGUUAGGGGCCAGGUACUCACAGCCACGUGAACUCUGAGGCUGUGCCAGCUGCUGUGACUGGACUGACAUUCGGCCCCGGAGCCCUGCUCGUCGCACUGCACAGCUCUGUCCUCCAGCAAGGAGGAGGGCCUCCCCAAGUACAAGGAAAGAAGGCCGCCUGAGCCCCACGGGUCUCUGGGAAGAUGAAGUUCUGCUGCCUCUCCUUCCGGCAGCCUUAUGCAGGUUUUGUCUUAAAUGGGGUCAAGACCUUGGAGACCCGUUGGCGUCCCCUGCUGAGGAGCCACCGGCACUGUACCCUGGCCAUCCACAUUGCUCGCAGGGAUUGGGAAGACGCCUCCUGGAGGGAGCUGCUGCUGGAGAGGCUGGGCAGGACCCCCGCUCAGAUCCAGGCCUUGCUUCAGGAAGGGGAGAAGUAUGGCCGUGGAGUGAUAGCCGGGCUCGUUGACGUUGGGGAAACUUUGCAGUGCCCAGAAAACUUGGCUCCAGAUGAGGUCCUGGAACUGGAAAAUCAAGCUCUACUGACCAACCUGAGGCAGAAGUACCUGACUGCACUUUCAAACCCCAGGUGGUUGCUGGAGCCCAUACCCAGGAAAGGCGGAAAGGAUAUCUUCCAGGUAGACAUCCCAGAGCACCUGAUCCCCUUGGGGCAAGAGGCCUGACGGAGGCGGCUCUUCAGAGGACGGGCACUGAGGAACCAGCUGAAUCAUGACCGUCCACUCACCAUUGAGCUGCGGAUGGACAUACAGAUCGGGUUCGAUCUCAAUUGGCCGUGCUACGGGGAGCACUAACCACCACGUGCUGUUCGUGUACACAGAUUUCUCCACUCAGAUGCAGGGGACCUUCCUUUGGGGUGCCCUUCUGGGCUCAUUGACAGUGUCGAGGACUUUGAACUUUAGGAAACAGGGAAAGCUGCCGGUAAAUGUCUUGGCGUUGCCACUCAUUUUGGUCCUGCUGAUUCCUGAGUUGUACAAAGAAAUAUGUGUUAAGAGAACUGGUUAGUACUCGGGGCUCCCUUACACGUUUUCCCCUCUCUGCUCUGGUCGUACUCCCAGGAUGUUUCAGCAGCACCCAGGGAGCGUUGUGGGAGGGCUGGGAGUGGGCGCUGAAUGACUGACUGCCAGAGGGUGACCAGCCAGGGAUGGACCGUUCACCGGGAAGAGGCCAUCAGACUUGGAGACGGAGCACCUGUCUGUCCCGGCAAGUGACCCUUGCUCUGUUGUAAAAGUGUCCCUGUCUCAUGAAGCCAUGUGGUAGACAUGUCACCCAGCUACGUCAUGACCAAAGAAGGAUCUGAAAUACAGCUCUGAUGAAAAAGUAA